AUGCCUCGCCAAUUCUUCAUCGGUGGUAACUUCAAGAUGAACGGUGUUGCCGACAGCAUCACCUCCAUCGUCAACAACCUCAACUCGGCCCAGCUCGAUCCCAACGCCGAGGUCGUCAUCUCCCCUCCCGCUCCCUACCUGCAGCUCGCCCGCCAGGUCGCCAACAAGAACAUCGGCGUCGCUGCCCAGAACGUCUUUGACAAGCCCAACGGUGCUUUCACCGGUGAAAUCAGUGUCGAGCAGCUUCAGGAUCUCAAGAUCAACUGGACUCUUGUUGGACACAGCGAGCGCCGUGUUCUCCUGAAGGAGUCGGACGAGUUCAUUGCCCGCAAGGUCAAGGCCGCUGUUGACGGUGGUCUGGGUGUUAUUUUCUGCAUUGGUGAGACUCUGGAGGAGCGUGAGGCCAACAGCACCAUCGACGUCGUCACCCGUCAACUCAACGCCGCCGCCAAGGAGCUCUCCAAGGAGCAAUGGGCCAAGGUUGUCAUCGCCUACGAACCCGUCUGGGCCAUCGGAACCGGCAAGGUCGCUACCACUGAGCAGGCUCAGGAGGUCCACGCCGCUAUCCGCAAGUGGCUCGGUGAGGCCAUCUCUGCCGAGGCCGCCGACAACACCCGUGUCAUCUACGGUGGCUCGGUGAGCGAGAAGAACUGCCGUGACCUUGCCAAGGAGAACGAUGUUGACGGUUUCCUUGUUGGCGGUGCUAGCUUGAAGCCUGCAUUCGUCGACAUCGUCAACUCCCGUCUGUAA